AUGUCAUUAAUUUCAAUUAGGAUCAGAAGUAAAACAGGAGUUGAAAAUAUUAAAUUAGAAUCACAAUUAAAGUUAAAGGAACUUCAAAAUAUAAUAGAAGAAAAAACUAAAAUAAGCACUGAUACUCAAAAAAUUUUAUAUGGAUUCCCACCUAAAGCAUUAGAUUUAUCAAAUCAAGACGCAGUGAUUUCAGGAUUUUUAGCAAAUGGUGAUACUAUUACAAUUGAAAAUGUUUCAUCUAUAAGUAGUAAUCCAGGUGUUGAUUCAGUGACCAAUGAUAAAGUUACAUCAUCAACCAAUUCAUUUGAUCGUAAUAUUAAAUCACAACCGUUCAUUUCACAAGAGGAAGAAGAAGAUGGUGGUUAUGCAACUAGAAGAGUAACUGAUGAUGAUAAUAGUUGUUUAUUCUCUGCUGUUGCUUAUGUUUUAGAAGAUAAAAAUAGAUUGAAAGGUUAUUCACUAAGAGCAUUAAUUGCUCAAAAUGUUAAAAGUGACCCAUUUGAAUAUAAUGAAGCAGUUUUAGGUAAAUCAAAUGAAGGAUAUUGUAAUUGGAUUCAAAAUCCAAAGAAUUGGGGUGGAGCAAUUGAAUUAUCAAUUUUAUCAAAUCAUUAUAAGGUGGAGAUUGCAGCUUUUGAUAUAUCAACUCAACUAAUGUAUUGUUAUGGUGAAGAUAGAAAAUAUACUGAACGUGUUUAUCUCAUUUAUGAUGGUAUCCAUUAUGAUGCACUUUCAAUUUGUUUAACAAAGAAUGGUCCAGAGGAUUUUGAUAUCACUAGAUUUAGUGUUGAUGAUAAAGAUUCACUUGCAAAAAUGAAGGUUUUAAUUGAAAAAGAAUUUAAAGCUGGUAAAUUUACUGAUACUGCUAAAUUUUCUUUAAUUUGUUUAAAUUGUAAUAAGACUUUAAAAGGUGAAAAAGAAGCUGCCAUUCAUGCAUCAACAACUGGACAUGGUAAUUUCACUGAAUAUAAAAAAAGAUAA